UUUAAAGGAGAUGGCGGCUCCUUCACACAAUGUUGAGUUGGAGGCGGUAAAAUUUCUGCAAAAACUCAUUCAAGAUUCUACUGAUGAGCCAUCAAAGCUGGCUACGAAACUUUUUGUGAUACUGCAACACAUGAGAACAAGUGGAAAGGAACAUUCAAUGCCAUAUCAAGUUAUAUCAAGGGCCAUGGAGAUUAUUGUAAAUCAACAUGGUCUGGAUAUGGAGGCUUUGAGGUCAACUAGGAUUCCUCUGACUAGUGGAGCUCAGAUGGGAGAUCCUGCAUCAUCUCAGUAUGCUGGAUCUUCCCAGGCAAUUGGAGUAGCAAAAGCUUCUGAAGCUGGUUCAGCUGAAAAUGAGAUGUCUAAAUUUGCUGCACUUUCUCUUGAUACGGUACCAAAAUAACUAUGAUUCCUUCAUUGAUGUUUUACUUGUUUAUUAAAGAUCUCGGUUGGCAGGAGAUUUCCCUCCUUUUUACCAAACUUCUACCCCUUAUUUGGUGAUUUGAGCCUAUUUUGAGAUUUGGAACUUCAAUGCUCAAACCUUUGGACGAAUAAUACUUCUUCUCAAGU